AUCGCAAGGGGCCCAGAGCGGCCAUUUCGCUUAUGUUGUCAACUGUUCUAAGCCGUGAACCGCCUGCGAGAUGCUGAGAAAAUGCUGAGCUGUCUAUAUUAUGGAUGGGCACUGAAAAGGCCAGAAUGUCGGAUUAGGCACUCCAGACACGGACAGCUUGAAGCCUCAGCUCUCUGAAGGCAACAGGAAAUGUAAAUGGCACUUCUGGAAAUUGACCACGUAGAGGACCGCAUGGGAUAGUGGCAAUUGUGUGCAGUUUAAAGUGCGGCGGACCUGGGUCUCACUCCCUGUUCUUCCCUUUGCAGACUGAGUGACCUUGUAACAGCACUGUUUCCUCAUCCACAAAAUGGGUAUAAUAAUGAUCAUAAUAUUUAGCUGACAGGGUUGCAUGAAAAUUAAACAAGGUACCUGACAUCUGACUCUGCAACUUGCUGAUUUUUUUUCAGUGUUUCCCAUAUGCCAGGCAGGUGUUGAGGGCUUGACAAGCCUCAUCUCAUGUAAGCUCCCCGAUGCCUACAAUAAAUACCUUCCUUCUCAUUUUGGAAACUGCAACUGAAGUACUAUCUUCGUCUUCUCACGGUUAAAAGGUGUCAGAGCUGCAAUGAAAGCUUAAGUUUAGCCCAAACCUCUUCAUCUUUUCUCAUUUUUUACCCCAAUAGCUAGACUUUUCUGAGUUUUGUCUACCCUCAUCUCGAACACAGUGACUUUCACCUAAUGGCCUUCAGAAAUUCACGUGGAGUGAAUAUUAGAUGAGAACUAUGUGGUCGUUGCCUUUCCAGGACUUCUGGUGUCCCUGCAGAGCCCCUGGGUCAGGCCACGUCGCUGAGGCUGCAGGACCUCCCUUCACAGCCCCAGCCUGACUCUUCCCAGCAGCUCUGAUUGGAGCCUUCUGAUGCCCACCCAGCUCCAGGCUCCUGAAAAGAGUGGAGCUGUCAGCAAAAGGGACCAAGAACUGAAGCCCAGAAACGACAUGCUUGCUGAUGUGAAUUUACUGCAGAGGCCCCAGGUCUUGGGUCCAGAGAAGCGGGAUAGAUCAUGUGAGGGCUCCGUGUCAUUUGAGGACGUGACCAUAGACUUCAGCAGGGAGGAGUGGCAGCAACUGGACCCUGCCCAGAGACGCCUGUACCAGGACGUGAUGCUGGAGAUCUACAGCCACCUCUUCUCCGUGGGGUAUCACAUUCCCAACCCAGAGAUCAUUUUCAGGAUGGAAAAAGGAAAGGAGCAAUGGAUGGGGGAGGCUGAACUCCCACGUCAGAGGUAUCACGAAGGGGAGUUUGGGCUUGAAACCCCACAAUGGGAAAUUUCUGAAACAGCUUCAUUUCACAAUGAGAUGUUGGGUGAAGUCACAAGAGAUGGCUCAUGGUGUUCCAUUUUAGAAAAGCUGUGGGAAGAAGCUGACCAAACAAAGAGAGACCAGAAAAAUCAAAGUAAACCUUCACAUCAGGGGGCUUUCAUCAACAAGAAAAAACUGAACACAGAGAGGGACUGUGAUUAUAAGGACCCUGGGAAAAUCAUCCACACGAGGCCCCACCUUGUUCCUUCACAAAAGAGACCUCAUAAACAUUGCUCUUUUGCAAAAAGGUUGAAACCUAACCUAGAAGUAAAUCAUCAAAGUCAAAGCAACACCACAGAACAUCUUGAUGAGAUGGUUGAAUCUGGUCAGCUAUUCACCCAUAGCUCUUCCAGUGCCAGCUGCAAAAAUACUCAUACAGGAGAGACCUUCUGUGAAGGUAAUUCAUGUACAAAAGUCUUCGGCCGUAAACAGUCACUCACACAACAUCAAGUUCACACUCAGGAAAAACCAGAUAAGUGCACUGAAUGUGGGAGGGACUUUACCCAGAAGUCACACCUCCUUGAGCAACAGAGAUUCCAUAGUGUAGAAAACCUCCAGGAAUGUGGUAAAUGCAGGAGAGCCUUCACCCCACAACCAAAACUCUGUGUAUAUGUGACAGAUCAUACAGGUAACAUACCGUAUAUAUGUAAGGAAUGUGGAAAAGUCUUUGUUCAGAGGCCAGAACUGGUUACACACCAGAAAGCUCACACUAGAAAGAAGCCCUAUAAAUGCCAUGAAUGUGGAAAAGCCUUUUUCCAGAUGUUAUCUCUUUUCAGACAUCAAAGAACUCAUACUAGAGAAAAACUCUACGAAUGCACUGAAUGUGGGAAGGGCUUCUCCCAGAAUUCAACCCUCAGUAUACAUCAGAAAAUUCAUACCGGCGAGCGACAGUACGUAUGCAGCGAAUGUGGGAAGGCCUUCACCCAGAAGUCAACACUCAGCUUGCACCAGAGGAUCCAUUCAGGGGAGAAGUCUUAUGUCUGUAUUGAAUGUGGCCAGGCCUUUAUCCAGAAGGCACACCUGAUUGUACAUCAGAGAAGUCACACGGGAGAGAAACCUUAUCAGUGCCACAACUGUGGGAAAUCCUUCAUUUCCAAGUCACAACUUGAUAUACAUCAUCGAAUCCAUACUGGGGAGAAACCUUAUGAAUGUAGUGACUGUGGGAAAACCUUCACCCAAAAGUCGCACCUCAACAUACACCAGAAAAUUCACACUGGAGAAAGACACCACGUGUGCAGUGAAUGUGGGAAGGCCUUCAACCAGAAGUCAAUACUCAGCAUGCAUCAGCGAAUUCACACCGGAGAGAAGCCUUACAAAUGCAGUGACUGUGGGAAAGCCUUUACUUCCAAGUCACAAUUCAGAGAGCAUCAGCGGAUCCACACUGGAGAGAAACCCUACGUAUGCACUGCAUGUGGGAAGGCUUUCAAUGGUAGGUCAAAUUUCCAUAAACAUCAGAUGACUCACAGUAGAGAGAGAACUUUUGCCUGUUACAAGUGUGGACACACCUUCACCCAGAAAUCAGAGCUGAUUACACAUCAGAGAACUCAUAUUGGAGAGAAACCUUACGAAUGCUGUGACUGUGGAAAAUCCUUCAGUAGGAAACCACAACUCAAAGUGCAUCAACGAAUCCACACGGGAGAGAGACCUUACGUGUGUUCCAAGUGUGGGAAGACCUUCAACAACAGAUCAAAUUUUAAUAAACACCAAACAACUCAUACCAGAGACAAAUCUUACAAAAGCAGUUAUUCUGUGCAAAGGCUUUACUCAGAAGUCAAUUCCUAAUAUGCAUUAUACGUAAAUGAAAUAUACUCUGAUUUUCUUGAAGAAAAAAAUCUUAUGAGUCAGAUUUAAUCAUAUAUUAUAGAAUUCAUGCUUCAAAAAAACUCUAGGGAUGCACUGCAUGUCACCAAGUUACACAUUUUAUGUGAAGGAAAUUAUUCGGGAAAGAACUUUUAAGAAUGAGUGGAAAUGUCCAUAUUUGUACUAGCCUCAUUAAAAGUUAUAAAAUUCACUUGGGGAAGAAACCCUGACUAAUGCAUUGAGAAGUUUCUGUAGAAUAUGGUAUAAGACAGAAUCUUUAGGUCAGCAUAUUUGUUUAUAUACACACAUACACAUACCCUCAAUUCUGUAGUGUUUGCUAUAGAAUUCACUGCAGAACAGGAGGUGUCAAUAAAUUACAUAUUUUUUAAAAGAA